CAGUUUAACCAGUUAAACCAGCGGUAGAGUCCGCGGUGCUUUCAGCGAACUGGACUCUGUAGGAGAUCGGAGCUAAGGUGCCCGAAGCUUUGCCUGAUCAGAACACCGCAAACAUAUCAGUUGCUGGUGGUACUGAAGGUUGUUGGUUCCGAUUGGACUGCAGGUUGUCUGUAGGUCCCGUCCGGGUCUGUUUGGAGAUUAAACAGCGGAUGGAUCCGAACGAAUCUGAUGUUCGAUGUUCGUAGUUUAAACCGAUACAGAACCGGUGUUCAUGGCUCAAAUUCCGGUUCCGAUCUGAAAAGCUGCAGCUUCAACCAGUUGAUCACUUGUUAGGAGCCAACUGGAGUGAAGAUGCUGCGGAGGAAACCGACCCGAUUGGAGCUGAAGAUCGACGACACCGAGGAAUUCGAGAGUGUUAAAAAGGAGCUAGAGGCCAGGAAGCGACAGCGAGAGGAGGCGGGGUCAGGAGCUGGAGUGGGCGGGGCUUCUGUCAUUGGUGUUGAUAUGAUUGGGGGUGGAGCCUCUGUGUCCUCCACAGCUGCUUCGAGGGCGGAGCUUAUCAACGAGCGAAUCGGCUACAAGCCCCACCCCAAGCCGGCGACGCUGCCGACCUUAUUUGGAAGUUUACAGUUUUAAUAAAGUUUGGACAGGCUGAA